AUGACAAUGCUGCGCCAGGUGUCUCGGACUCGCGCGGCCGCGCGCUCUGCGGCGCAGACCCGGCGCGCGUUCAGCGUGCCUCCCAAGGCCCCGGUGGCGCCCAAGACGGCGCCGCCCGCCGCCAGCGCGAAGCCUCCGAGCAGCGGCAAGCCCGCGCCUCCGUCGUCUUCGUCGUCGUCCUCCUCGUCGUCGACGGCCAAGUCGGCGCCUGCCUCCGCCGCGGCGGACUCGAGCACGGGCUCGUCGCUGCCCAAGCUGCUGCUGCUGGGGCUGCUGUCCACGCCCGCGGCCACGGCCGUGUACGUGAAGCAGAACCCGCAGUGGAACCCGGCGGCGCUCAAGGACGACGCGCGCUGGAUCAAGUUCCGCGAGCUGGUGCUGGGCGCGGAGGCGGCGGCGCCUGCGCUUGCCAAGGCCCCCGCGGCCGUGGAGAAGCGCUCGCCCGAGGACUUCAGCGCGGCCAUCAGCAAGGCCCAGCAGAAGGUGAAGAAGGAGGAGGAGAAGGCCAAGAAGAAGGCCGAGAAGGAGGAGAAGAAGGUCCAGAAGAAGGAAGAAAAGAAGGAGGAGAAGAAGAAGGAGGAGAAGAAGGCCGAGAAGAAGCUGGAGAAGGCAGAGAAGAAGGCCGAAAAGCUGGAGAAGAAGGCCGAGAAGGCCGAGAAGAAGGUCGCCAAGCUCAAGAAGGAGGCGGAGGCCAAGGUGGAGGCCAAGGAGACCAAGAGCGUGGCCAAGGAGGUCAAGAGCGUGGCCAAGACGGUGGAGGACAAGGUGCACAAGGUGGAGGACAAGGUGCACAAGGUGGAGGACAAGGUGAAGAAGGAGGUCAAGGCCGUCGCUGCCGCCGCAGCUAGCGCGGCCACUGCCGUCGAGAAGAAGGUGGACGCCGCUGCGGCCAAGGCGCGCGAGGAGAUCUCCAAGCUGGCGGGCGAGGCCAGCCCCGAAAGCCUCGGCCGGCAGAUGGACAAGCAGAUCCAGGCCACGACGAACGACCUGCUGAGCUCGCUGAAGGCGGAGUCGGAGGCAGCGGCCGCCGAGAUGGACAAGCAGUACCUGCAGGGCCUCAACGAGCUCGACACGAACGCGCUGGCGAUCCGCGUUGCGCAGCUGGCGACGGAGAUGAAGCACCGGUCCAAGUGGGAGGCUGUGCGCCUGCUGGAGUCGCUCCGCCACAUGGAGGAGGAUGCCCAGAAGAAGAGCGCCGAGGUGCUGCGCCGCCAGGACGAGCUGCACAAGGAGCUGCUUGCCCGUGAGCUGCGUCUGCAGCAGGAGCUCCUCUCUCGCCAGUCGCGCGAAGAGAUGGACGCGCUUAAGAAGCAGUACACCGAUGAUCUCGCGCGCAACGUGAGCCAGCAGCGCGCCUCCAUGCUGUCGGAGGUGCAGCGCACGUUCGCCCGCGAGAGCAAGGCGAUCCAGGAGCGCUAUGCCAAGCAGCUCCAGGACGCCACGGAGAAGAUGGAGAAGACUCUGGCCGAGGAGCGUGAGCAGCGCGUGCGUGAGCUGAAGAACUACCGCGCCGAGCUGCGCGCUCUUGGCGCGGUGCUGGACAGCUCCUCGACGUACGAGGCCUUCAGCCACCGCGUCCACAAGGCUUCCAUGGCGGCGCUGGCUCUGUCGGACCGCGUUGAGGCCGCGGCUCCGCUGCGCAGCGAGAUCCGCGCUCUGCGCGAGGCGGCGAGAAACGACCCGUUCAUCGAGGCGGCCGUCAAGUCGCUGCCGCAGGACGUCAUUGAGCAGGGUGCGCCGUCCGUGGGUCAGCUCCAGGAGCGCUUCAAGGUCGUCAAAUCUGUCGGCCACCGCGCGGCUCUGGUGCCGGAGAACAGCGGCAUCAUCGGCCAGGCGUUCGGCACGGCGCUGUCGCUGCUGAUGAUCCCGCCUGGAGGACCCGUGGAGGGCACGGACACGGACGCCGUGCUGUCCCGCGCCGAGUUCGCUCUGAAGGCUGGCGACAUUGAGAAGGCCAUCGUGGAAAUGAAGGGCCUGUCGGGCAUCCCUGCGCAGGUGUCGCAGGACUGGAUCGCGGCGGCCGAGUCGCGGUUGGAGGUGGAGCAGACGGCCAAGGUGGUCAAGGCGCACGUGGCGCUUCUGGCAGCAAGCUGCUCCUAAGCGCCGAGAAUUGGAGCGCAGCAGAGCUUGGAACCGACGACUGGAUGGUUGGUACCCUUGCGUGUUUGAUAAAGCGGAGAAGGCUACGAGUAAAGAGCAACUAAUGACAAGCGAACCCAUCGACUACUGGUGGAGUUCACAGCAUUGUGGGGUU